AAAUAAUUCAUAAAUGGGAUACCUGUGUUUGUGKACGAGAUGACSCGGGUCCUAGUUAUUGCGCCAUAUUGGAACGUGAAWCAUGGCGGACKGCGGCGAGGGAACGAGUAGUUCUACGGAAGAGYCCUUUCARACCGUCAAGAGACGAAGUAAGCGAAAAAUAGACAAAGUAGAGAACAUGGAAAAGGAUGAUGUUCAGAGCAGACCAAGUUUUCCUCCGGUUAAAGUGGCGAAAACAGCGGCUGGUAAGUCAGAACUAAGAAAAAUAUCAGUUCCGUCCCAUCGCUACACCCCACUCAAGGAAARCUGGAUGAAAAUCUUUACCCCUGUGGUUGAACAUCUCAAAYUGCAAAUAAGAUUCAAUCUUGCAUCAAGAAAUGUCGAAAUUAAGGCUUCUAAAGAGACUCAAGACAUWGGUGCCAUACAGAAAGCUGCAGACUUUGUCCAGGCAUUCAUUUUAGGCUUUGAUGUUGAUGAUGCGCUUGCUCUCRUCCGACUGGAUGACCUGUUCUUGGAAUCUUUUGAAAUUGCUGAUGUUAAACCAUUAAAAGGAGAUCAUUUAUCCAGAGCAAUUGGUAGAAUAGCAGGGAAGAGUGGGAAAACCAAAUUUACAAUUGAAAAUGUUACAAAGACCAGAAUAGUCUUAGCUGAAACCAAAAUUCAUAUUUUGGGAUCUUUCCAAAACAUCAAAAUAGCAAGAUCAGCAAUUUGUAAUUUAAUUCUUGGGAGCCCACCKUCAAAAGUGUAUGGCAAUAUGAGAGCUGUUGCAAGUAGWUCAGCAGAGCGAUUCUAAAAUACAUGUCAUAUUAUUUUAAUACAUACAUGUAUCUAUAUUAGACUGUAAAUAGAAUGAUACAAUUAUAUUAAUAUUUACARAAAAACAACAUAAACCUCCUGCUGCUGAUUUUUACAUUAUUGGAAUUGCAAUGUUAUCCAGUAUGAUAAUGUUAAAAUGUAUAUACAAAUUGAAUUUUAACUAAUAGAUUAUAGUUUAAAAUAAGUUAUUAUUCUUGCAAGUUAUCAGUUUGCCUGAUUUCUUUAAAAAAUACUGGAUUAAUACUAUUAUUUGUCAAUGGAAUUAGGCCAAAAUACGUGAACCAACAAUCAGCCUUCGUAUAUAAUGUGCACAUAUUGUGCAUUUUACUAUAUCUGUGAAAUGGUUUGCUAAUGGUUUGCAGUGUUACUAAAUAUAGUACAAAAUCCCUUGUCUUCUAUUAGUGAAUCAAAGCAAUAAAAUGAAAAUUUCCUGUA